AUGACGCAAUUACACAUGCUUUCGUCCUUGAUUCUAUUACUUGCUGGCUUCGCCGCCGCCGCUCCCACCAACCCCGUCGGCCUUCCCGACUCGACUGGCUUUAGACUUCCCAUCCGCAAUGGCAACGUCGCCGCGGCCAGCAUGGUUCCUAACCGCUACAUUAUCGUGUACAGUAAGGGUUUCAACUCCACAACCAUCGACGCCAAAGAGGCCUCCUUCGCCGCCUCCCUGAAGAAGCGCAACCUAGGCAAGCGUGGUCUCGGCGGCAAUCCGCUCUCCACCGAGGUCAAGUCGUACACUUUGAAUAAGUGGCGCGCAAGCGUCCUCGACGCCGACGACGACAUGUUUAUGGAAAUCUACAACUCAAAUGAGGUCGACUACAUCGAGGCCGACACAAAGGUGCACACCUCGGUCACCAUCUCGCAGACCAACGCCACUCCGGGCCUCGCUCGCCUCUCCCACAACCAGGCCGGCAACACCAACUAUGUCUACGAUGCCUCAGCCGGUGAGGGUGUCACCGCUUACAUUGUCGACACGGGCAUUCGCGCCUCGCACAUCGAGUUUGAGGGACGUGCCGUCCAAGCUGCUAAUUUUAUUGACCGAGUUGACACGGAUGAAAACGGCCACGGAUCGCACGUCGCCGGUACUAUUGGUGGUGCUACCUAUGGUGUUGCCAAGAAGGUCCAGCUCAGGGCCGUCAAGGUCUUGGGUGCAGAUGGCGGCGGCUCCAACUCUGGCGUCCUUGACGGCCUAAGGUUUGUGUUUCAGGAUGUCCAACAACGGGGGUUGGCCGGCAAGGCCGUCAUGAACAUGUCUCUCGGUGGCCCCAAAUCUGAUGCCAUCAACACCGCCAUUAAACAACUCGUUUCCGCUGGCAUCAUCCCCGUUGUCGCCGCGGGCAAUGAGAACCAAGAUGCGUCUGCAACGUCGCCGGCCUCUUCCCCCGACGCCAUCACCGUCGGCGCCAUCGAUGCCGAGACCGACGCAAAGGCCUCCUUCUCCAACUUUGGCCAGCCCGUUGACGUCUUCGCCCCGGGGGUCAACGUCCUGAGCGUCGGUAUCCGUUCCGACACGGACCGGAAAAUGCUCAGCGGAACCAGCAUGGCCUCGCCUCACGUGGCCGGCCUUGCCGCCUACCUGAUUGGAGUCCAGGGCCAAACCCAGCAGCCUGCGGCAGUCGAAAAUAUGGUGGAAGGGCUUGCUUCCCGGACCGGCGCUUUCGUACGUGGCAACCAACGGGGAACCACCAACAUCAUUGCCAACAAUGGCAGUUAG